GAGAACACCAACUUCCCCGUGAUCUGCGUAUCGGGUCCGGGGGAGAUCGAGUAUGCCACCCAGUUCUUUUGGAUGGAUCGCCCGCCGUACGAGGGGCAGUUCACUUACAACUCGGACCGGGACAUGGUCCUCAACGUGAUUCGAAAAGCGUUGACGGCGAAGCUCCGUGUGUUGAAGGCCCGGGGCAAGUGGGACGCCUACCGCUUCUACGUGGCGCGCUACGACACGAUGCUGGGCCAGCCAUGUCGUCAGCGGAGCCCGGAAGAGUUUCUGAAGGACUUCCGCCUCCCAGGCUUGAACUUCCAGGGGAAGUCUCGGAACCUGACGCCGGUGGCCUGUGCCGCGCUCUCGGGGGAUGCCAAGAUGAUCGCGAAGCUCGCUGACAUGGGCCACGAUGUGAACAGGUCCGUUGGGCCCCUGCCGGAACUCUACAUCUUCGAGGCGAAGACGCCGCUGAUGCUGGCCGUUUGGCUGGGCUACCGGAACCUCGCCCCCGUCCGAGCGCUGAUCAAGUGCAGGGCCGACGUGAACGCCGUGACUGGCUUCGGUAAUCCUCUCCUCGGUUUUUGCAGGUCCCCGCAGGCGGUGGACUGUUUGGUCUCACAGCGAGCGGAGGUGAACCAACAGGUGGGAUCCUCGUACAUGUCCCCUUUGGGGCUGGCCUGUUGUUGGGACGCCCCGCCCGAGCUGAUCGCGUGCUUUUUAAAGCACGGGGCCGACGUGAACCCCAAGUUGAACGGCUUGGGCAGCGUGCACCCCCUGGCGAACCUGGCGAUUUCCUCCUCCAUCAGCCCCACGUGCCUCAGCUCGGCCGCGCUUCUGCUGGACGCCAGGGCCGAUCCCAACCACCAGUAUACGCCGAGAGGCGUGUGGCGGGGCCGGGAGCUCCUAUGCCGGGGGGUCACGGCGCUCGGGGGAGGGGCGGUGCCGCUGAUCGUGCACUACUUCGCGGAAAGCUCCACGACUCCCCUGGGAUUCGCCUGCUUCUUCGGCGGUCCGGAGCUCGUGGAUUUGCUCCUGGCCAGGCGCGCGGACGUGGCGCGGCCGAAUUUGCGGGGCACCACCCCGCUGCAGCUGGCACGCUCCCCAGCAGUGCUGGAGGUGUUGCAGCUCCACCUUGGCACCUUUUCCAUCUGACCGACUCGCGGCGAUCGGCUCAUCGACUCGCGGCGCGCACCUUCACUCGGCGAUAUAAACGACGCCGGCCGAGCAGUUUUUCGCCAAGACGGAGUCGGCCGAAGGGCCAAUGCGGAAGCCGAAGCGGG